AUUAACUGAUUUACCAUGGCAACUAGAGCCGCGUACUUUUCCCCGUCGGAAGCACAAAUCCUCAUGGAGGCAUACGAGGAGGUAAAAGACAUAAUUAAGAAGAAAGGCAACACCGCCACAGUGAUAAAGCAAAGAGAAAAAGCGUGGCAAAGUAUUGCAGACCGCCUGAAUGCAUUAAACAUGAACGGGCCAAAACGGACAUGGCAGCAGGUCAAAAUCAAAUACAAGAACAUUCUGCAGAAUGCAGUGAAAAAGAAUACCCACAGACAAGGCACGGGUGGUGGGUCACCAAAGGCUGACCUUACCCCAGCAGAGGACAUGGCCUUGGAGCUAAAUAAAGGCAGGCCCGUCUUAGAGGGGAUCCCUGGGGGGAAAGAGACGAGCAUAGGUUCCUCCCAAGAUGCCACCCGCUUCAUUCAAGUGUCUGGCAGCACUGUGUUCCUGUUAGAGCCACCAGCACAAGCACCAGACGAUGCUGAUCCAGGUGAAGGCCCCAGUGCAGCAGCAACAGCACAUGAUGGAGACGAUGAUGAGGAGGAGACCAUCUCUCUGGAUUCCAGAAGGCAUGAGAGCUCACAAGCUAUCAGAAAGUUGUAUGGCAACCACCUCCGGCGCCAAAUAGAACUGGCAGACAUAGACAUUCAGUACAAGAAGAAAAAGAUGGAAAAUCUUGCACUGGAGUCCGAAAUAAAGAGGACAAUUAGGAAACUGGACCUUGAAAUAAAAAAACUUGAGAGGGAGCUCCAAGAAGAUGACACAGCUCAAAAUAAAAAUUAGGUAUAUUCUCGUAAAGUCAAGUGAGCCAUGACAUAUGAGCUCUUAUUGUGAGCACACAGGACGGUGGCAUCUUUCUAAGGUUUUUUUUAUUUUCCCAGCAAUCAGUACAACCAAGUCAUCGUUAUAAGGCAUCGCCCUCUUUUGCCCACCCCCCCAGCACCAGGUGUGGCCACUAGCCUAUAUGAAGGCCCAAAAUUGUGUGUUCCUUUCUGCUCUGACAAUGGCAUGCCCAUUCGUGCGAGAUGUGGUGGAUGAAGAAGCACUUGUGCUGAGGAGAGCCUUCAGGCGAGAAAGGGUCUUCAGGGACCGGUUGGACCCACUGGCCUUCCCUGAUGACCAUCUAUAUGAAAGAUACAGGUUUUCUGCAGAUGGCAUCAGGUAUCUAUGCAGACUACUGGGUCCCAGGAUUAAGCACCGCACUGCACGGAGCCAUGCACUGAGUGUGGAGCAAAUGGUUUGUGUGGCCUUGCGCUUUUUGCUAGUGGAGCCUUCCUGUACUCAGUGGGGGAUGCAGAACAGCUGAACAAGGCCACAAUUUGCCGCACAAUAAGGAGUGUGUGUCUGGCUAUCAAAGCAUUAGCAGAUGUCUUCAUCUCCUUCCCUGGCCACAGAAGACUCUGUGACAUCAAAGAGGAGUUCUAUAGGAUUGCAGAUGGUCUGCAAUGCUGACUGUGAUCAGCAAUGUUGUGGCAAAAUGGCCUGGCUCAGUCCAUGACUCCAGAAUCUUUCGGGCCUCUGAAAUCUAUCAGUGCCUAUCACAAGGUGAAUUCUCUGGUGUGUUGCUGGGAGACAGGGGGUAUGGCUGCCAGCCUUUUCUCCUGACACCUUUCACAGACCCCCAGGAAGCACAGCAGGCCUACAACCAUGCCCAUGCCAGGACCAGGGCCAGAGUUGAAAUGACCUUUUGGCCUCCUGAAGGCACGCUUUCACUGCCUUCACAAAUUAAGGGUCAGCCCUGUUAGGGCAUGUGAUAUUACUGUGGCUUGUGCUGUCCUCCACAAUGUGGCCUGCCUGAGGAAGGAGAGGGCCCCCAGAGUGCCACCAGCCAUGGACUGGGACAAUCCGGCAAUCUUCCCUGAUGACGACAGUGGUCGGCUGCUGAGGGACCAAUAUGUGUUGAAUUAUUUUAGUUAGUAUGUGUGCUUUCAAUUUUGGUUAAAUAUGUCCUGCGGUGGCAGAGGAAUUUGGGUUUUUUUGGGUUCGUUUUUUGACGAAUUUGGCCUCUUAUGAUGUUUGUGCGGUAUACUGUGUGUAAUACAAGGCUGCAGGGAGGCUACUGCAUCCAUUCAUUUGUCUGUUCAGUUGAUGUGUAUGGAUUUGUCCUGCAUUUAUUUUAGUGUGCAGACAUGCAGGAUGUGUUAUAUACAGACCUUUGAAUGUGUAUGCAUCAUUUUGUAUAAUAUGCUUGGGUUCUGUGCUUUCCAUCUUGUAGAGUCACUGUGACUUCAGUUUCGAAAGGAGCUGAUGGUUUACCUGCUUUGUUUUGUCCUUAUUCAAUAAAGGAACAUAAUGUUACACAUUGUGUUUUUAUAUUCAUA